UGUCACUCCUAUCGGUCCUCAAACGUGGUAUUUCGUGAAUAUAUUCGGAGUUAUAUAUUUCUUCAGGAGCUCAGCGAUGACGCCAUCGUAUACGAUUUAUUUAUAAAAUCGCCGGCUAUCGUACGGAGUCGCAAGGAAUCGUACUUUGACCUUAUUCGUAUAGCUGUACAUUACGGGAAUCGCCGUGAUCCGUCUGCGUAUUCGAGUUUCACCUCGCAACAGGAUUCGAUUCCGCGUACGCUGUAGUGGAACAAUUAUUACAUGGCUAUCGAAGAUACAUUUGUUUGACGUUACGCCAUCCAAUCGUUGCCAGCAAUUAUCAAAGAUAUUUAAGAUUGUCCGUCGAGCCUGGGUAUGACGUGGUUCAAACUUACAGCCAACAGUCGCGUUUUAACGUGCAAGAUUUGUAAGAUUUUUCGUCGAAUGCUGUGAAUUUCUACAUACUUGAGCACGAGAGCAACCAAAAUCCAUAAACAUGAGUUUACAGUGGACACUCAUCGCUAGUUUUCUGUAUGUUGAAGUUGCGUUAGUUCUCCUCCUGGUAUUACCAGUGGCUUCGCCGACCAGAUGGCAGAAACUCUUCAGAUCUCGCUUCUUACAAAGUAUAAGUAAUCAAGCUUCCAUCUAUUUUGUGGUUCUACUUGGUGUUUUGGUUCUCUUUUUGUUGGAUGCCAUACGAGAGAUGCGAAAAUAUUCUGGCCCUGCGGAUCAUUCUGAACAUCAUCAUCAGUUAAAUCUAGAACUGCAAGAAAAUAUGCGACUGUUUCGCGCGCAGAGGAACUUCUAUAUUUCUGGAUUUGCGCUGUUUCUGAGUCUCGUGAUACGUCGCCUCGUUCUUUUAAUAUCUACUCAAGCUACUUUACUUGCGCAAAACGAGGCAGCUAUGCGACAGGCACAGUCUGCAACGACUACGGCGAGGAGUUUGCUGUCUCAGAGAACGGUUGGCGAGAGUGCGCAGAAUGACUCGAAUGAAGCACACGACAAAGCUGUCUCAGAAUUGAAGAAUCAAAUCAAAGAAUUGCAAGCUAAGAACAGUGAAUUGGAAACCACUUUGGUCAAGGAGAAAAAGGAUAAAGAAGCCAUCAAAUCGCAGGCAGAGUCCCUCGCGAAGGAAUACGAUCGUUUGACGAGCGAGCACGUAAAACUUACCCAAUCGAGCGGUGAUAAGAAAAGCGAUUAAGCAUGAAGAUUUUCCUUGGGUUCCUUUCCUUCUUUUCUAUUCUAACCGUUUUAAAUUUAUCAUCGGGUUUUAUUAUACGAGUUUGGAAUUGUAUAAUUUUAAUGACUCGAUGAUUUACGGGUUAUCCAAAUAAUAUUAAUAUAUUUAAGUUGUUCAAGUUGUAUAUAAGUAUUCUAUAACUCUCUUGUUGUAAUAUGGUUCACAAUACACUAUACAUCUUUUUCCAAUUUUUUGUGCAUUUCUUAGGCCCUCACCUGCAGUUUUGAUUCAAGAUACUAUUACAUUUAAUUAUAAAAUUGGCAACUAUGAAACUUUCUUAGGAAAUAUAAAAUUGUUUGUAUUAUAACUGUUUCUUAAUUUGGGAAACUAAAUAAUACAAAACUGGCAAAUAUGUCAUUAUGAAUAGUAAUCGUUUUAUGCUGUACGAAAAGUACUUGAAUUUGUUAUUGAUUGCUAUGUAUUACAUGUUUCACGUGUUAAUAAUGUUUAUAGUAUAUUUGCGCACAAUUUUACUUAGACAAUAUAACUCGAAUGCAAACCUCCAAUUUUACAUUUGCAACAUUCCCUCAUUUUAUAUUUACCGGUAACUACGAAACUGUAUUAUAAUUUGGUAUUUUAUAUAAAUUAUGUUCAUAGAAAUAAGAUAUUUUUCUUAUAUUUUAAUGUCGUUCUGUCGUAGGUCUUUAUUUAGCUCCUGUAUCUCAGAUUAUUCUGUAUAUUAAUAUAGAUUAAAAGAUUCCUUUUUGUGCUAAGAGAAAUAAAGAAGUUAUUUAACUGCUU